CAGUGCCUUUUCCCUGCAUGUGGCUCGUCCGUUAACUUCUUCGGAUUUGCGUGAAACCCUAACUCGUUUGCAAGUGCGAGAGAGGGUGAAGGCACUUCGUUAGAGAGAGCGAGCGAGCGAAGAUGUCGUCGACUUUGUUGGAGGUGACUCGUGCUGCUCACGAGGAAGUUGAGCGGUUCGAGCGGCUGAUAGUUAAGGACCUCCAGAACGAGCCCUCUAACGCCAAGGACCGUCUCUUCCAGAGCCAUCGAGUCCGUCACAUGAUCGAUACCAUCAGCGUCACAACGGAGAAGCUGAUUGAGGUAUAUGAAGAUAAAGAUAGUGCCAGGAAAGAUGAAGUUGCUGCUCUUGGAGGCCAAACUGCUACUGGAACGAAUGUCUUUAGUGCCUUUUAUGAUAGGUUGAAGGAGAUUCGUGACUACCACAGGAGGCAUCCAGCUGCACGUGUUGUGGAUGCUAAUGAGGAAUAUGAAGCAAUGCUUAAAGAAGAACCCUCGAUUGAAUUUAGUGGGGAGGAGGCUUUCGGGAGGUAUCUAGACCUUCAUGAGAUGUACCAUCAGUAUAUUAAUUCUAAAUUUGGAGAGAAAAUAGAAUAUGCUGCUUACCUUGAUGUUUUUUCUGAACCACAGAAAAUCUCUAGGAAAUUAAGGAUGACAAGGCAAUACAGGGAUUACAUGGUGAAUCUUCUGGAAUAUUUAAUUUAUUUCUUUCAGCGGACUGAGCCAUUGCAAGACCUUGAUAGAAUAUUUUCAAAGGUUGUUACUGAAUUUGAAGAGCAAUGGAUGGGUGGAAUGGUGGAAGGAUGGGAAAAAGAUGAUAAAGAAAAUGGGCAUGCUCCAGGAGAGCAUACGGCAAUUGAUCUUGACUAUUACAGCUCUGUUGAGGAGCUGAUGGAAGUUGGUCCUGAAAAAUUGAAAGAGGCUUUGGCCGGAUUAGGACUGAAGACUGGCGGUACUGUUCAGCAGCGUGCAGAGAGGCUUUUUCUCACAAAGCACACUCCUCUUGAACAGUUGGACAAGAAACACUUCGCCAAGGGUUCACGCAGUUCAGAACAAAAUGGUGAUGUAGCAGCUCUAAGAGAAGCAGACAACUCAGCAGAAAUUGCCUUGAUGGAGGCCAAAGUGGCAAAAUUAUGUGACUUUCUGAAUGAGACGAUUGAAAGGACAAAAGAAAAUGUUGUGAAGAAGCAGGCCAUGACAUAUGACGAAAUAGAAGCAGAGCGUGAGGAUGAAGAGACACAGGCCGACUCUGAGAGUGAUGAUGAAGAUCAGCAAAUAUAUAAUCCCCUCAAAUUGCCAAUGGGUUGGGAUGGGAAGCCUAUACCAUAUUGGCUGUAUAAGCUUCAUGGUCUCGGCCAGGAGUUCAAGUGUGAGAUAUGUGGGAACUACAGUUACUGGGGCCGGAGGGCUUUUGAGCGUCAUUUCAAGGAAUGGCGCCACCAGCAUGGGAUGCGUUGUCUUGGUAUUCCAAAUACUAAGAACUUCAAUGAAAUCACUUCAAUCGAGGAAGCAAAGGAAUUGUGGAAGCGAAUACAAGAACGACAAGGAGUUAACAAGUGGAGACCUGAUCUUGAAGAAGAAUAUGAAGACAAGGAGGGCAACAUUUAUAACAAGAAGACAUAUACCGAUCUUCAACGGCAGGGAUUGAUCUAAGGAAUAGUGAUAAGACUUGUAUCAUACUGAUCUUUAAGGAUAUGGGCUUUCCAUACUUCUCUAUUUGCUUAAGGGCUACUAGUAUGCGCUCGAGUUACCAGACCUGAUGCAUCAAUGACGUGGUAGGAAGAAAAGAAGCAAAGUGCCUUGAAUCGAGGUCGCAGCAACCAAAUUUGUUAUACGUUUGUUCACUUCUGUCUUUACAUGCUUCUUUGUCAUGACAAUUUAUCCUACAUAAUGCAAGUACGUUGGCUUGGAAAA